AUGAAGCCUUCAUCAAACAUUUGUCAAGCAACAAGCUUCAUCUUUGGAGGACACAUCGGCCCACAGACCAAGAAUUCACUGGAAAAAGAAAUCCGGGAGGUUGCCAACGGCCCAAAUGGAGGAUGGAUACUCGAUACCCUGGCCGGCAUGCCACGGUACUGGGAGGCCGUGACAGAGAAGAUUCCUGAAGUGGCCAGCACGAUGCAGGGCGUUCAAUUGCUGAGCGACCUUGAAUCGUGGUUUCGAAUCGGUUCUGACUCAGUUGACUCGCUCGCUCCAGACGCGGAGCUCCCAGAUCUAUGGCUCGGGAUUCUGAUGGUCAUCAUUCAGCUGGAUCAGUAUUGGCGCUACCUGGAAAGUCGAUUCGCUGACAGAGCCGUCGACGACCUGCAGGGAGAGCUAAUCAAGGAGGAAAAGGUCGAGGCAGUUGGGUUUUGUGCUGGCAUGAUCGCCGCCGUCGCUAUUGCCAGCUCCCACACUCGACAAGAAUUCAAAAAGUACGGCGCUGUGGCCUUGCGCAUCGCGGCCCUGAUGGCAAUCCUUGUAGGUGCUACCGAGGAGUGGACCAAAGCGAUGGGCAAAGGCAGGUCGGUCUCGUUCGCCACAGCGUGGAGAACCCGCAAGCAGGGCGAUGAUAUGGCGCGCAUUAUUUCAAAGCUGUCUCCUGAUGCUUAUAUAUCUGUUAUCCUUGACGACUCCCGAGCUACCGUGACAGUAUCAGAACGCCUCGCACCCAAGCUGGUCCGGCAGCUUCGAGCAGCUGGCGUCACGGCUAUCCAGCUCGCUUUCAAGGGGCAGCUUCACUCCCCGACGGCAGAGCGCAAACGCCUCACCGAAGCCGUGGUCGAACUGUGCCAGUCGAUGCCCGAGCUGCGGUAUCCUGUUGCUGCCCGGCUUGCACUGCCCAUAAACCAAGUCUCGGGUCAAGAAACGGACUUGGUUGGGAUGGUCCUGCGCUCUAUGCUGGUGAACCAGUUGAACUGGACCAGCACCACAUCGAUGCUGACGCUUAACAAGGAAGAGCUCUCACGCGUUGAAUUUGGUCUCGAUCGACCCCUGCCUCCCCCGGUGGUGCGUGCCUUUGGAGCGAUGCUUGACUAUAAGGAGGUCGAUGUGCCCAAGCACCGACAAUACGACAAGGGGAAAGAGCCCGUCCACGAUACUGAAUCAGUCCAAGUCGCAGAGCCGCCGCUUCAAGAAGCAGACGAAAAUGUGAUUGCAGUGGUGGGCAUGUCCAUCAAGGUUGCAGGAGCCAACGACCUGGAGGAGUUCCAGCAAAUGCUCAAGACCGGACAUUCGCAGCACCAGCUCGUCACCAACGACCAUAUAACGCCCAACAUGAUGUUUCGCAACAAGGUUCCCAACCGGAAGUGGUAUGGAAACUUUGUGCGCGACCCAGAUGCUUUCGACCACAAGUUCUUCAAGAAGAGCCCCCGCGAGUCGAUGGCGAUAGACCCCCAGGGCCGACUUUCCCUCGAGGCCGCCUACCAAGCUCUAGAACAGUCUGGAUAUUUCAACGAGCUGACUAUGACAAGUGCUGCUGAGCAGGAGAGGAAGAAGCACGUUGGGGUCUAUGUCGGGGUCUGCUCCUACGAGUACGAUUCCAACGUCCACUGCCAUCCACCCAGCGCCUUCACGACGACGGGCGAGCUCAGAAGUUUUAUUCCAGGCCGGAUCUCGCAUUACUUUGGUUGGACAGGCCCAUCGCUGACCUUCGAUACCGCUUGCUCUUCGUCUACUGUAGCCCUUCAUAAUGCCUGCAGAGACUUGCUUUCUGGGGAAGUCCCGGCAGCGCUAUGUGGUGGUGUCAAUAUCUUGACAAGCCUGCAAUGGACGCAGAACUUGGCCGCUGGCAGCUUCAUCAGCCCGACGGGCCAGUGUAAGCCGUUUGACUCUGGUGCAGAUGGAUAUUGUCGAGGCGACGGAAUUGCCUACGUCUUUCUGAAGAAGCUCUCAAACGCCGUGGCCGAUGGCAAUACUGUCCUGGGGACGAUUUGCUCUACAGGCGUCAACCAGAACCUCAACACUACGCCGCUCUUUGUUCCUAAUGUACCGUCCCUAUCGACGCUCUUCAAUGAAGUGAUUCGCAAGGCACGUAUCGCCCGACGCGACAUCUCGUUGGUCGAAUGCCACGGCACUGGCACACCUGUGGGGGAUCCUGCUGAAUGGCAAAGCAUCCGGAAUGCCGUGGCUGGUCCUCGACGUGAUACGGUUCUGCCCAUUGGGUCAGUAAAGGGGCAUGUUGGCCAUACUGAAGGCGCAUCCGGCCUGGUCUCCCUGAUCAAGGUGCUGAUGAUGAUGCGAGGCAACUUCAUCCCUCCGCAAGCCAGUUUCAACACCAUGAGCCCCGGUAUCCACGCACAGCCCUCGGACAACAUGGAGGUAGUCACAGCCUUGCGGUCGUGGCCCGGAGCCCAGAAGGUGGCUUUGAUAAAUAACUACGGUGCUUGUGGAUCAAAUUCAAGCGCGAUCGUCGCACAUUCGGCGCACAAGCCUGUCAAAGGCCCCUUGUCCGGUGGACAGCGACUCCCCUUCUGGAUCUCCGGCCUCGAUGCCCGCAGCAUUGCAGCAUACAGCACCGCACUGGCAUCUUACCUCCACUCACAAGACCAAGCGGCGAGUCUCGCCGAUGCCAAGCUUGCACUGGCAGCCAAGGCUACCAAGGACACAGCCCCUAGUGUUGGCAUUGUGCCUGUGAAGCCUGAGCGACCAGUUAUUCUGUGCUUUGGAGGCCAGGUCUCGACAUUCAUAGGACUGGAUCGCGCAGUAUAUGAAGGGGCAUCAGUGUUCAGGCACCACCUGGAUACCUGCAAUGCCGCCAUCACCUCUCACAGUCUGGAGAGUAUCUAUCCUGACAUCUUCUCCAGUGAGCCAUAUCAGGAUACUAUCAAGUUACAAACUGCUCUCUUUGCCAUGCAAUAUGCCUCAGCCAAGACCUGGAUGGACUGUGGAAUUGCUGAAAAGGUGGUCUCUGUGGUGGGCCACAGCUUUGGGGAGAUUACAGCCCUCUGUGUUUCAGGCGUGCUCAGUCUAGAGGACUCAGUCAAGUUGAUCGCUGGCCGAGCCAAGCUAGUGCAGACCGCUUGGGGGGCUGACUCUGGUUCCAUGAUGGCCAUCGAGGCCGACGGAGCCGUGGUGCAAGAUCUGUUACAGGAAUCAAACGCAAGAUCCGACGGAACCGCAGGCAUUGCAUGCUACAACGGCCCUCGCAGCUUCACCGUGGCUGGAUCAACCAAGGCCAUUGACGCAUUUGCCGCUACGCUGCCAGGAAAGGAGGUCAAGAGCAAGCGUCUAAACGUCACCAAUGCAUUCCACUCCGCCUUAGUAGAGAGCAUUGUCGACCGUCUAGGGGAGGUUGGGAAGGAAGUCACCUUCCAUGACGCCGUCAUCCCCAUAGAACGAGCUACUGAGCAUAGCGGCGACGCUACGUUGGACUGGACCUUUGUCGGCUCGCACAUGCGCCGGCCGGUCUUCUUCAACCACGCUGUACAGCGACUCGCAGAGAAGUAUCCCGAUGCCAUCUUCCUUGAAGCUGGGUCCAACUCGACCAUCACCGUCAUGGCGUCGCGGGCCCUUGCCAACCCUAAGUCGACGCAUCACUUCCAGUCCAUCUCCAUCACCAAUACAAACAAGGGCAUCGCCAGGCUCACCGAUGCAACGGUCGACCUUUGGAAACAGGGCCUACGGGUGUCCUUCUGGGCCCACCACCGCUUCCAGAAGGACGAGUAUGCGCAGCUUCUCCUGCCGCCUUACCAGUUCGAAAAGACACGGCACUGGCUCGAGCUCAAGUCGCCAAUCGAGCAAGCUAUGAACAUUGCUAAAGUACAGGAUGGAAUAGCGGCUCAGAAGGGGCACGUCAACAACAAGUCUCUUGAGAUAUGGACCUUCCUGGGCUUCCAGAAGCAGAAGAAGAAGACUAAGCUGGCUCGGUUCCGCAUCAACACAUCCUCAGACAAGUAUCAGCGUCUCUUUGCAACCCACGUUAUCGCGAAGACGGCGCCCAUUGCUCCAGCCACGCUCGAAAUCGACAUGGCCAUAGAGACACUUUUUAGUCUUAAUCCGGAAUGGAGACAAAGUGGUUUCUCGCCGGUCAUCCGCGACAUGCUCAGUCAUUCGCCCAUGUGCGCCGACUCGACGCGGGAGUACUUUCUCGACCUGGUGCCACUCAAUCCAACAGAAACCGAGUGGCAAUGGACCAUUCAGAGCACGGGGACUUCUUCCGCCAACGACAAGCACGCCGAGGGCCGCAUCGCCAUGUACUCAUCAUCCGACCCGGCCGCUCUCCAGGAAUUUGGACGCUGGGAGCGCAUUGUCACAUACGCCCAGUGCCAGGCCGUUUUGGCACUGGGCUCACAGGACGAGGGCGUGGAGGCCCUCCAAGGGCGCAACGUGUACCGAGCCUUUGAAGAAGUUGUCGACUUUGGGUCCGUAUACCGCGGCGUGAAGUACAUCGUGGGCCAAGAGAAAGGAGAGAGUGCAGGCAUUGUGCAUAAGCAACACUCCGGUGAUACCUGGCUUGACGUUCCCAAGGCAGACUGCUACGGCCAAAUUGCAGGCAUGUACGUCAACUUGCUGACAGACAUCCCCUCAAGCGAUAUGUUCGUUGCCACCGGCCUCGAGCUGGUGAUGCGCUCGCCAAAAGCUCAAACUGUGACAGAUGGCCGGGAGAAUGGUCCAAAUGUCUGGCAUGUCCUCGCUCGCCACGCACGUCAAGGCGAAAAGGCUUACGUGACCGAUGUCUUUGUCUUCGAUGCCUCGACGGGUGCUCUGGCGGAGGUCAUCCUGGGCCUGCAAUAUGUCCGCGUACCCAAGGCCACAAUGAGCAAGAUCCUAGCACGAAUGACGACGGACAAGUCAUUUGUGAGAAGCACCGCAACAGCGUCACUGCUGUUGCCUGAUCGACCCCAGCCUCAUGACGGCCCCAUCACUGCUACUGUUCCCAGGCCGGCACCUCCCAAAGCAACCAAGACAAACGUCGCGAAGACAGAACCUGUCAGUAGCGCACGCAAUAUCGCAAAAGAAGUAUGCAAUGUGGUCGCCAACGUUUCCGGCAUCGAGGCCAGCGAAUUGAGUCUCGACAGCGAGAUGGCUGACUUGGGUAUUGAUUCCCUAAUGGCCAUGGAAGUCGCGCGAGAGAUGGAGAACACUUUCCAUUGCACCCUCGACAGCACCGAGACAAUGGUUGCCACCAACAUUCGUGAUUUUGCUGCCUGCGUGUCGAAUGCGUUGGCGAGAUCUGGAGGUCAAGACGGUGCCUCGACCAGCACCGAGAGCGAUGCUAUGCUCUCAGACUCGGAGGAUGAAGACACCGACUCUGGUAUUUCGACUCCGGAUGACGCCUCAGAAAUUACUAGCAAGAGUCACGAUCCGGUGAGUGAACCGCUCACCUCGACGAUACUAAAUGUUGAUCAUGGCGAUGUAGCAGCCCGUAAUGCAGAGGCUCUGCGUCUAGUCGAAGCCUAUACAGCCGGCUGGGAUUCGCGGGCAGUUAAAGACGCUAACAAUCGAAUCAUCACCACCGGAUCUGGUGAUGGAGCUGUGGUGAUUGUGACAGGUGCAUCUGGCAGCCUGGGAUCGCACCUUGUUCAAGCCCUCGCCGAGCGCCCCGAUGUCUCAGGUGUCGUUUGCAUCAACCGUCCGGUCAAGGAUACGCCCCCCGACAGCCGACAAGAAGAGGCUCUAUCUUCCAGAAGCAUAAAACUGUCGCCGGCUGCCCGCGAAAAACUGCAGGUAUAUGGGACUGACACUUCAAAGGCCCAGCUCGGUCUCUCGAAAAAGGAGUACAACUGGCUGGCCCAGCACGGAACGCACAUUAUCCACAACGCGUGGCCCAUGAGCGCUACACGGCCGCUCAAAGCUUUCGAGCCCCAGCUCCAGGUAAUGCGGAACAUGUUGGAUCUGGCGCGCGAUAUGGCCCUAGGAGAUGAGCCCCGCAGGAUCGGAUUCCAGUUUGUCUCUUCAAUCGGCGUAACGGGGCUUUCGAACGAGUCGCCCGUCCUCGAACAGCCCGUGGCAUUUGCCGCGACGAUACCCGGCGGCUAUAACGAGGCCAAAUGGACGUGCGAGCGCAUGUUGACCGACACGCUGCGCCGCCACCCGCAGCUUUUUCAGGCAAUGGUGGCCCGGCCUGGCCAGAUAUCUGGAUCAACUGCAAGUGGCUUCUGGAAUCCUGUCGAGCACUUUCCUUUUGUUGUGAAGAGUGCUCAUGCACUGAAAGUGUUUCCCGAUCUGCAAGGCGUGCUACAUUGGCUGCCGGUGGACAAAGCCGCUAGCAUCAUGGUGGAUUUGCUCAGUAUCAGCGGCAGCAAAGGCUCAGGAGAGGUCUAUCCGGUCUAUCACGUCGAUAACCCUGUUGGUCAGUUGUGGAAGGAAAUGGUGACGGUUCUGGCGGCAUCUCUGGACAUCCCACCCCACGGCAUCGUUCCCUUUAGGGAGUGGAUCCAGCGAGUUCGUCAAUCAUCUCUGCCGCCAGCGCAAAACCCGGCAUCCAUGGGGCUGGGAUUUCUUGAGAGUCAUUUUGAACGCAUGGCUUGCGGUGGGAUCGUACUUGACACGCAACAUUCAAGGGAGCACUCGGAAACCAUGGCCGCCCAAGGCCCAGUGAGUGCUGAGGUGGUCCGGUCUUAUGUCUCGUCUUGGAAGGCGAUGGGGCUUCUUCGUCAUUAG